AUGGCUGUUCCCAGUGUGAGCCCUUCGAUGGCCAUGCGAAUGCCAUCCGCACCAGGUGGCACAGGCCUGUCCGGGACUGUGAAGUCCUGGAAUGGCGCCAAGGGCUUCGGCUUCAUUCAGAGCAGCGCGCUGGCAGCGGACGUCAUGUUCUCGAGGAUGGAGCUGCCAAGUGACGCGCAAGAAGUUCAGGGCAAGUUUCUCACCGGUAGAGCCGUCUACUUCGAGGCGCAGGAAGCCCCGGACGGUCGGUUCAAAGCGACUGCCGUCGCGAUCCCUUACGUGGAAGGCUCGCCAGUACCGGGCAUGAUCAAGUCUUACAGCGAAAGACACGGCUGGGGUUUCAUCACAUCCAGUUCGCUGACGGACGAUGUUCGCUUUGACAAAAAUGCCCUGGCAGCACUCGAUAGUCUACAACCUGACGUUCAGCUUGCCGGUGUCAAGGUCGUCGUGGAGUUUGUUAGCAGACCCGACGGCAAGCUGAACGCAACGCGUGUUCUGUUCCAGAGUGGUAAGAUCGCUGAGAGGCUUGGGGCCAAGAGCCCUGGCUUCACAGCAGCGCCGGUCAAGCCCUCCCCAAUGGGACCUGCUGGCAUGGUAGCGGCAAUGCCCGGCAUACCUGGCAUGGUUGCGGCUGUACAGCCUCCAGCACAGCCUGCUGUGGCCACUUCGACGACGCUGAAUUCCAUGAUUGGUGUAGUGAAGCAGUACAGCGACAAGAACGGCUACGGCUUCUUGAACGCAUCCGGAUACCCGCAGGACAUCAAGUUCGGCCGGAAUGAGCUGAACGGCAUGAGCCACCCUGGGCCGGGCUCGAUCGUGAGCUUCACCCCGGUGCAAGCGCGAGAUGGGCGGCUGCAGGCCUUGAACGUGACGCCGAUUGCAUCUGUCGACCAACAGCCGACAGCGAGCCUUUCAGCGCGAGUACAGGCGACACAAGUUCGCCCCAAAGCAGCACCGCCUGCAGCAGAGAUGUGGCCAAUGGCGGGCAACACGCAUGCAGGCCUCGGCCCUCCGGCAGCCAAGAGGCCUAGAGUGGCGGAGAUGCCGACGGGGCAGUAUGCAGCCGGCACCAUCAAGACUUACAAUGGUCUGAAAGGUUUUGGCUUCAUCACCUCUGCAGGUGUUGGCGAAGACAUCUUCUUCAUGCGCACCUGGCUCCCUGAAGAGUGUCGAGAGAUGCAGGGACAGGAGCUCCAGGGAAGAAAUGUACUCUUCGAGCUCGUCAACACCGUUGAUGGGAAGCUGCGUGCGCAAAGCAUCUCCAUGCAGUAG